GCGACGCUCGUGUGUGUUUCACGCGACAGCCCAGGCGGACGCCCCAAAACAAGAAAGUGCCCACACGGCAGGACAAGAGACCCCCCCCCAGCGCAAGGUCCAAGGGCCCCAAACAUCGCCGCACGGUUGCACAAGUCUUGCACAAGCCUGACGUCGCCGCUUGCAAGGUCCAGAUCACAGCCUUUUGCGACGACGAAGCUGCCUCACAAGGGUCCAGCAAACUUGACGACAACCUUGACCGCUCAAUCGACCACACGCAUCCCAUCGCAAUGCUCUGCGCCGCCUCCCGCGCCGCGCUCCGGCGCCUCGGCCCGACAGUCGCAGCCGUGCCAUCUCGUACUUUAACAAUCCGGCUGAAAGCUCCCAUCUCGCAGGCGCAAGCAAACUGCGCCUUCCAAGGCGUGCGCCAGUUCGCCUCGGUCGGGCGCCCCAAAGCCUCCACAAAGUCUGCGACAACUAAGGCCGCCGCUACGAAGAAGACAAAGGCGGGCAAGGCCGCGAAGCCCAAGGCCAAGAAGAAGGCCGCCACCAAGCCCAAGCCCAAGCCUGCCAAAAAGACACCAAAGCCAAAGGCCCCGGAGACUCUCGCGAUCGAAGAUCGGCGCCAGCUCAAGAGAAUAGCUAUUUUAUUCGAGCCAAAGACUGCCCCAGAAUCAGCAUGGAGGAUCUAUGUAGCGGAGAACUUGCAGGGCAGCCAGGGCACUGAGUUCGAGAAGGUUACGGAGAAGAUGGCCGGUGUCGCACAGGCGUAUAAGACACUUUCCGCUUCUGAGCUACAGCGAUAUGCCGAGAAAGCCGAAGAAAACCGGCGCGCCAACGCUGCUGCGUACAAGGCUUGGGUUGAGUCUCACACGGUGGAAGAGGUGUCCGCGGCCAACAAUGCCCGCCUUAAGCUGAAGCGCCUCCACAACUACCCCAAGGGCAAUGUCAAGACCAUCAAGGACGAGCGUGCACCCAAGCACCCGACGUCUUCCUUCGGCUUCUUCACCAAGGCCAAGUGGGCCUCUGGCGAGUUCUCGGGCGGCCCGGACGGUCUCUCCAGCACCGCUGGAGCCAUCAGCACCGCCUGGAAGAACCUGUCCGCUGCCGAACGCCAGCCAUAUGAGGAUCUCGCACGCGCGGAGUCUGCUCGCUACGAGAAGGAUUACGAGGCUGCCUAUGGCAGAAAGCCCGUAGUGAGGAAGCGGAGCCCUGAUACAGCAUAAGCACCCCUUGCGCACCUGCAGGCUCUCUCCUCCCAUUCUUGCGUUACCCUGAUGUUCUUUCGUAAUGAUUCAGAAAGACGCAGAGUGGACUUGAAUUGCUCAGCCCCUCCUCCGUUGGACUGACGACGUAGAUUCUUCUCCUUACACACACAUCAUGUAUCGAGCUCUUCCUGUAGAGGUUUUGAGUGCUCCUCCUCGGCGUUAGGUCUGGGCAGGGUUGGAAUGGGUGCUUUUCGGGGGAGCUGCUCGCAACCCCCGUCU